AUGGCGGUGGCUCACGGUGGAUACGACGGUGAAAUCGGUGGCGUCAGGUCCAACCUAAUCCCAUCAGUAAAAGCAGAGUUAUUCGAUGACAGUGCAGGUUCAAGUUCGCCCGGUUACAACGAAGUUUUAAGCGAAAGAAAAGACUCAGUAGUAACUGAAGAAGAAGGUGCUACAGCUUCUCACGCUAUUCACAUCAAAGAAGAAGUUGCUGAAGACGACGGUGCUAACGCUUCGUCUUCGAUGGAGUUUCCGAAACCAAUGGCAGGGUUGCAUGAAGUUGGUCCACCGCCGUUUCUCAAGAAGACGUAUGAAAUGGUGGAGGAUCCCGAAACCGACCCGAUUGUUUCGUGGAGCGGUUCUCGGGAUAGUUUCAUUGUUUGGGAUUAUCAUGAAUUCUCCAAAACUCUUCUUCCCAAAUAUUUUAAGCACAAUAAUUUCUCUAGCUUCAUUCGCCAACUCAACACCUAUGGGUUUAGGAAGAUUGAUUCAGACCGAUGGGAGUUUGCGAACGAAGGAUUUAAAGGAGGGAAGAAGCAUUUGUUGAAGACUAUAAGAAGGAGAAGUAAGUAUAACAAACUACAUCAAGGAGGAUUCAAUUUGAUGACACCUGGUGUUGAAUCUGAGGUGGAGAAACUUAAGAGAGAUCAGAACAUGUUGAAAUUGGAAAUUCUGAAGCUAAGGCAGCAACAAGAGAAUUCAAAUAUCGAACUCACAAAUGUUAAUGAGCGGGUUCGUCGCGCCGAGAUGAAGCAAUAUCAAAUGAUAUAUUUCCUCACCAAAAUGGCUAGAAAGCCGGUGUUUAUGGAUCAGUUAAUUCAGAAGAUGAAGCGGAAAAAAGAGGUUGAUGGUGGUAUAGAUAUGGUUAAAAGGCCUAGAUUACUUGGAACACAAGGUACUAGUGUUGAUUACAGGUCUCAAGGUCGCGAACAGUUUGAUACUUUGCAGACUGAAUUGAAUGGACUUUUUACUGAAAAUGUGAACAUUGGUAGAAUGGAACCACCGGUUUCGGAGCCAUUGGAGAAUGGAUUUGUUAGCUCUUUACAUGAAAUGAGAGCUUGUGGUGAUUCUAGACAAAGUGCGCAAGAUGUUUCUUCUGCUUAUCAUGUUAUGUCAGAGAAACUAUUGAGUGAAAAUUCUGUUAUUGACGAAGAAAUGGAUGUGAAUGACUCUAAUAUCUAUCUUGAGUUAGAAGAUUUGAUAAGUAAACCAACGGAUUGGGGUGGAUCUGCUAGUGGUUUGGUUGGACAAACUAGUUGA